CACAACUCUCUAAGAGCAGCCCAACACACAGUACAAAGCAUUGAUGCCAUGCCGAGUCUAGUCGCGUCACCACCAAGGGAGCUGCAGGAACUCAACAUGGAUACUGAAAACAAGAAGAGGGGAGGAAGAUUGAAGUCUCGUCUGCAGUGUAGAUCAUCUCAAGCCGCUAACACUGAAGGGCUUUGUUUCGAGGAGAUGUCCCAGUGGUCGCGCUCACUUGAGACACUUCUGUCAUCCAAAUAUGGUAUGAAGAUAUUCCAGGCCUUCUUGAAGUCAGAGUUCAGUGAUGAAAACAUUGAGUUUUGGCUGGUGUGUGAGGACUACAAGAAGAUCAAGUCUUCCUUCAGGAUGUCCUCCAGGGCGAAAAAGAUCUUCAAAAGCUACAUUCAAGUCGAGGCUCCACGGGAGAUCAACAUUGAUCACAGGACCAGAGAUCUGAUCAGGCGGAACUUGAAGACGCCCACCACAGUGUGCUUCGACGAUGCCCAGAGGAUCGUCUACGGUCUCAUGGAGAGGGACUCUUACCCACGUUUCCUCAGGUCUGACAUCUAUCAGACUCUACUGGACUCCACGACAGAAUCAGAACAGAUGUAAAAAAACAAAAAAAAACAAGAGAAAAACAGACAUUGUUUUUUUGUAGAAGCUGUUCUGUGAACUUGAGCCAAAUUCUGGACUACCUGAGAGAAGCCGUGGUGUCUGUUUGCUUGUCCCACGAUCACUGGCUGUGAUUCUUUAAACACCAAAAAAGCGCCAAAGCAUGCUAGUUUCAACACAUGCCUUUCCUCUGUGUUGGGGAAGACAUGCUUUGCGGUUGGCCUCACCCAAAUAUAAUGUAAUCAAACUGAAAAGAGUUUGUUCAGAUCUCGCUGGUAUACGGGAAAAUGAUGGGUUGAGGCCAAAAAAAAAUGCUACAGUUGUGCUUUAGCCGAUGCUGAGAUCACGCUGUAAAGCAAAGGACUUCCCAGAGACGCCACAAUUUUGUAGUGAAAUUGCUAGGGACUUUCUUCAUGAGGCGCCAGGAAGUGUAUGUGGUGCAAAAAAACACCCAAGAUGCAAGUGCACGAGCUGGUAUCUACAUUUGCACAGCGUCUUCAGUUUAUUGUUGUCUCACUAAAGCAAUAGAUACGUAGAUGCUAUCUAAAUUUUUAUGCACAGUGUUAUGCAUUUAUUAUUUUACAUUCUGACAUCAGUGCUGCCACACUGAAAUAACUAUGUUUAUAAUUAUGAUAAUUUGUAAUAAGCUACAUGGUGUGCUGUAUUCCACAGUUUGUGUGAAUGUAAAUAUGAAGCUGGACUUGUACAUAUUUAAUAAAAUAUAUAUAUAUUUGCUUUGAAA